AUGAAACGUUUGUGUUUUUAUUUUUCGGUGACUUUAAUUUUAAAUUCUGGACAGAAUUUGUGUUUGGCAGAAGAAGAUGAAACUAGAAUUGUGGGCGGCUUUGAGGCAAACAAAUCUGACUACCCUUACGCCGUGUCUCUGCGCGACUCAAACAACCAUCACUUUUGUGGAGGCACCCUAAUCGACCACGAACACGUGGUAACAGCAGCUCAUUGCGUCGCUGGGUUAGACCUUCUCAAAAUUUUGUCUAAAAUUCUCAAAUCGUUUUUCCCCGUUUUUAGCGACCGCUCAAAUGUCGUUGUCGUAGGUAGCGACUCUUUAGAUAAGGGUGGAACCACCCAUAAAGUAAUUUCCGCCACGGUGCACCCUGAAUAUGAUCCAAAAUUAGUCAUAAACGACAUAGCGGUCUUAAAAAUAGAGCCGGUCACAUCGUACAAAUUUUCAUUUCCGGUCAGAAUGCAAUCAAAUUUAUCAGACUAUGAAAAUCCUUGCUACGUCAUGGGUUGGGGCUUGACGGAAGCUGGUGGAAAACUCUCCAAUAAAUUUAAAGUGGCAGAAGUGCAUCCUGUGAGUCCUACACAGUGUGAGAAGGAAUGGAAGGAGGCGUACAAUCCCAACGUGAUUUGUACCACCAGCGAUGGAAAUUCCGCUUGUCAGGGGGAUUCGGGUGGACCGUUAAUUUGCGAUGAGAAGUUUACCGGAAUUGUGUCUUUUGGAAAACCGUGCGCCACCGGAAAGCCAGAUGUGUUUACGUCGGUUUAUGCCUAUAACGAAUGGAUUGAUCAAAACAUGUAA